AUGCGCAUCGCCUUCUCUUCAUACCUAUUGGCUUUCGCCGCUACGGCUGCAGGUCUCCGUAUCAUCAGUCCAGCCAUUGAUGAAAAGGUGCCCCAGGAUGACACCAUCACAGUCAGAUGGGAAGCUGUGUCGACCGACCCCCCUAAGAUGGAUAUUUAUCUGGUCAAUCAGAAUGCGUACCCCAACACCCAAGAAGUGGUUGCUACAGGUGUAGAUACCAGUCUCGGAAAAUACGUCAUCAAAGCCAAGGAGGUUAAUGAUGUUGACACUGGUGGCGGUUAUCAAGUCAACUUUGUGUCCACAACUGGUGGUGGCAUUCUGGCUCAGUCGCAGCAGUUUAAAGUGACUCCAUCCAAGGCCUCUGAAGCCUCUAGCUCUGGUAAGAAAACCAGUACUGCUAGUGAAAGUUUAUCUACUUCUGCCUCUACAUAUGCGUCGACUUCUAUGCUUUCUACUUCCAUCUCAUCGUCGACUAUGAUGAGUUCUUCGACUUCUGCUUCUCAUACUUCUUCUCCAACAGCUUCUUCUACUGCUUCUACGAGCGCUACUCACACCUCCACCAGUGCGUCUACCUCUGCCACUUCUCCUUCAUCUACUGCUUCACCUACUUCUUCUUCUGCCCAUACCUCAUCUGCUAUGACGAGUUCUACCAGUGCGUCCACCCCUUUUGCGUCAUCCAGUUAUUCUUCAUGGACCACACCCCCUUCAAGCACUGUUUCAGCCACAAGCUCUUCGCAAUUUUCCAAAACUCACUCUACAUCAGCCCCUUCAUCCUCUAUGUCGUCUACAUUCUGGUCUUCCACAAAGACUCCCUCUUCUACUAUGUCCUCCUCUUUUAUGUCUUCCAUGAAGACCCUGUCUUCCUCUAUGUCAUCGUUCUCUUUCUCUCGCACUCCUUAUUCGUCACACACCGUUAGCCCCACUACAAGUGCGAGCUCUUCUACCACGGCCUCCAUGAAAACGUCAACCACUACUAAGCAUACGAAGACCGCGACUUCCACUGAGAGCGCAUCGGCUACUAGCACCUCGAACGCCGCUGGCUACCUUAUGCCUCCGAGUCAGGCCGGCAGCUUGCUGCUGGGACUUUUUGCAUUGGCACUUUGA